AUGGCAGCAGAUGGUCAAGUUCAUUCUAUCUUGAUACUCUACAUCCAACAGCGUAUCGUGUCAACUAUGUCACUCAACGUCGAACCCUGUGUCGGCAACUUCCCUGCCACUGGUGGAAACGCUACACACAACAUUAUCUCACUAGUCGACACAAGACUUGCAUUUAAGGUAAAAUCUUCAAAUAAUGACCAUUAUCGUGUGCGUCCAGUUUAUGGAUUUGUGGAAGCCAAGGCUACUACAACUUUGGAAAUUGUCCGCUUGACUGGCCCACCGAAAGAGGAUAAGCUAGUCAUUCAAUGGGCUGAGGUUCCUGCCGAUGAAACUGAUCCGACAGCACCAUUCAAAGCCGGUGCUCAAUCAGGCGAAGUAAUCCUUCCCAUCAAAGCUGAAUAAUUAGAUUCUUGAUGCACACGUAUUGUAGUAAAGUACAUGAUAAAUUUUUUUUAUAAAAAUUCAGUGAGCGUUCAAUCCGAAUGG